AUGGACCUCUCCUUGAAAACCCUCCGCGGCCUCCUCACGAAUCCUACACACACGAGAUUGACAGCUCCAUUGAUGCUCCUGGGCGAGGCUGCCCUCUGUGGCCUCAUUGUCUGGAGAGUGCCGUACACCGAGAUCGACUUCACGACGUACAUGGCCCAAGUGCGCAUGUUCCUGUCGGGCGAAAGAAACUAUGCAAACAUCACGGGUCCCACGGGUCCUCUCGUUUAUCCGGCCCUUCAUCUCUACAUCUAUUCGAUCCUCUAUACGCUCACCGACCAGGGCACCAAUAUCCUGCAUGCUCAGAUCAUCUUUGCCGGGUUAUACCUCGUGACGCUGGCCGUGGUAUUUGCAUGUUACAGACGGGUGGGCGCACCGCCGUGGCUUCUGAUACCCUUGGUAUUGAGCAAGAGAAUGCAUUCUAUAUUCUUGUUGCGGCUGUUCAAUGACUGCUGGGCCACGCUGGGACUUUGGCUCGCAAUCUACUCCAUGCAACGGCGCAAGUUCGGAAGGGCAGCGAUCAUAUGGGGACUGGGAUUGGGGGUGAAAAUGACUCUAUUGCUAGCUGCACCCGCUGUGGGAGUCAUCAUUUUGCAGGCCCUCGGUACAGGCGAAGGGCUUUUCACAGGUCUCUAUGUCUUUGUCCUCCACAUGGUCAUAUCCAUGCCCUUCUUCGGCGAAGGAACGAGCCUUUCAUAUGUCCAACGCUCAUUCGACAUUGGGAGACAAUUCCUGUACAAGUGGACGGUCAACUGGAGGUUCGUUGAUGAAGAGAUGUUUCUGUCGCGCAAUUUUGCCAUCAGUCUCUUGGUCAUCCACGCAUCCUUGCUGCUCCUGUUCUUUCAGACGAAGUGGAUCAAGCCCAGUGCUUCGAGCUUGGUCGAGUUUGCCAAGAAAUACAUGUUUGGUAUGAAAGAGGCGGAGGAGCUGAGAAUCUCCAAAAAGGUCACCUCGAUCUUUGUGAUGGAUACCGUCCUAGCCAGCAUGGUGAUCGGUAUGCUGUGCGCCCGGAGUCUGCACUACCAGUUCUUUGCAUAUCUCGGAUGGGCAACCCCGUAUCUGUUGUGGAGGACCGGGGGAGGUCCUCUCUGGGUCUUUCUCAAUUGGGCAGUCCAGGAAUAUUGCUGGCUGGUAUAUCCGAGCACGGACGUGAGUUCAAUGGUGGUGGUGGCAGAAUUGGCGCUGCAGGCCAUGUGCGCUCUUGUUGCACCACCCGUGGAUCACAUCAGUCCUCCGCCAGCGAGUUCGCAAGAGUUGAGGAGCUGA